AAUCACUUGACUCACAAGUCAAUCAAGUGAAACCAAAGGGAAGCAAACCUAUCAAAUCAUACUGCGCAGCUACUGCGGCGUGGUUGAGGGUGUUGACGCGGACGGACACGGCAAGCGCUAACAUCUGCCUAGACCCGUGCGAGACGAGCAAGAUACACCGACCACCUCAAUUACUACAAAAUCAUUGCCAAAGCCAGUGCGUUAGGCACCGUAGGCAGCAACGACCAAGGAUAUUCGAGCAGUGGGUACAUAAGAGGCGUACGGCGUCCUCGGUAUGGAUACCGAUGCGCACUCAUUGCAAGUCUCGUAACUUAUCGGGCAACAGCGAUGACAAAACACCGAAAGAUCUACUACAUGCCAGGUCCGCAUACUGGACCGCCCUACCCGGGCCUCGGAUUGCCGCUGCGCAUCGAGGCUGAUGAGCAGAACUAUUAUCCCAUCGGUGCUCAUGGCAGCUGCUCGGGCUCCCACACCGAAUUGCUACCUGUACGGGAGCUGGCCAUGAUGCACAUCAUGGACCGUCUUACUGACAAGAUAGAUUGGGACAAGAAAGUUUGGGAUGAGACGAUCGUGGAAAAGUGGCGCGCAGAAGUGAAAGCGAUCCCAGAUAUUGAGUGGUGGAAUAUUGCGACGACGGGUAAGGACAUUGGGGAAGACCAGAAUAUGUACGAUGAGGAUGAAGAUGAUCACCCUUACAUUUGGGCCCGAUGUCAGUUGGAUGGUGUCGUUAAUGAUAGCACCUUCGAUUGUAUCAUCAAAGAACUUCGCAGCAAAGCGAAAUACUUCAAGGAAACCGGAAUCGUUGUUACAUUGGAUGCAACCGCAUCGGUCGCUAAGUCAGAUAUACUGAUUCCAUCCGCACUCCACCAAGAGUUGCGUGAAGCAUUCGGCAAGCUUAUAAUUGACCAGUCGGAUUCUCCUGACUGGCAUCCCAAAUCGAAUGACAUGGUCCUGGACUUAGUACACCCAUCAAUGUACCCCUUGAUCUACGGGUACAGCAGGGUCAUCAAGGAGGAAGUUGUCGGCAUUGAAGGUGCUAUUUCCAGGUGGUCUGGCAAAGGUGAGGUCAUCCCGAAAGACAAGACGAAAGACGAGAAUCGCUUGUCUGGCAUUGGAGGUGACAUUCCGCCAGAGUACUGGAAUGACACAUACCAGUGGCUACCGGCGAAUGUCACAUUCCAGAACGACGGUAAGGUGAAGUUCGCCAGUUAUAUCAAUAACCUUCACCCUCAGCGAUACGCCGGUAUGUAUCAUACGAUCGAAAAACUCAUUCAAACUGCGCUUCCUCUGUGGGACCAGUGUCUUGCGCCUGACGAGGGAGACGAAGACGACAGUGAUGAUGCACUGGAACGGAGAACGACUUCUCGCUUUGCAUACCCUGACGAAGACGGCGCUGAUGAUGACAUACCGAAGAACUGGAUACCUUCUGAUCCGAAAGAGUUGGCUGACGUCGAGGUCAAUUGGGAUGAAGUUCAUUCGUGGGAGUUCAGACCAGUGUACGCAGACGAUGAUGACGAAGAGGCGAAGAAAUGGGAGUUGCUGCGGAAGGCUCGUAUCCCAGAAGCCGAAUUCAAGGAUGUCGAGUACAGACGGAAGGAAGGCACGCGGCUUUCCGACAACUUUCGCGAAACGGGGCUUCAAAUCAUUGUGAAGAUGGUUUCUAUUGAGCUCACGCCGGAGAAGCCGGACUUUCCUGUUGGAUCAUGGCAUGUCGAAGGUCAGAUGAACGAACGCAUCUGCGCCACAGCACUCUACUAUCUCGACAGCGAGAACGUCACCCCAAGCUCCCUUUCGUUUCGCAUGCAGACCGACGCAUACAUUCACGAGGAUUACAGAUUACGGCAGCAGGCUUAUGGCUGGCUCGAACAAAUCUGGGGCACUCCGCUAGGGGAUGACGGACCUUGUCUGCAGAACUACGGAAGCGUGGAAACAACUCAAGGGAGGUUGCUUGCCUUUCCAAACGUAUUCCAGCAUCGCGUGUCGCCAUUUUCCCUGGUGGAUAAGACCAAGCCGGGUCAUCGCCGCUUCAUUGCGCUCUGGCUUGUCGACCCGCACCAGCGUAUCAUCUCGACUGCCAAUGUGCCACCGCAGCAGCAGAAUUGGUGGGCUGAAGCAGUCUUCAGUGACACAAGAACGUCAGAAGACGUGGUGUCGCGCAUGGAGAAAGCGUCGCUCAACUCGCUCGCGGUUGCUGAAGAUGGGAAGGACGGCAAGCUUCCGGUUGAGCUGAUGGACAUAGUAUGGGACGACUUUACUAGUUCCAAGGACAAGGGCUUAUUGAGCGAACAAGAGGCUAAGGAGCAUAGGUUGAAGCUUAUGGAGAUGAGGACAGCGUUUGUAGACGAGAGCGAGGGCAAUUGGCACAAUCACACGUACAACUUUUGUGAGCAUUAA